GCAGCCGAACAGGGAGGACAUCGAAGCUACGUAUGCCUGCCGCUUUCCCCUCGUCGAACUGGCUGUAACCCGGCUAAUAAACCCAGAUGGAACUAUCUUCAGAUCGGCAUAACAAAGAUUAUGACCAGUCUCCAAGAUGGCAUGGACAUGACGACAUAUAUGGGCAUCUACACGGCUGUCCACAACUUUUGCACGUCACAGAAAGCUACUAACACUACCAGCGCACCAGGCGUUGGGCAGGCUCAUAGAGGAGCUCAUCUUCUUGGCGAGGAUCUAUACAAAAAGCUCAAGGACUACCUCGACAAGCAUCUUUCUGUAUUAUUCCAGGAGUCCAAGGCGCAUACUGACGAAGCCUUGCUUGCGUUCUAUAUACGAGAGUGGGAUCGAUACACAAUUGCCGCUAAAUACAUCCAUCAUUUGUUCCGGUACCUCAACAGGCACUGGGUCAAACGUGAAAUGGAUGAAGGCAAAAAAAACACAUACGAUGUCUAUACCUUGCAUCUCUGCCAAUGGCGUAUUGAAUUCUUCACCCUAGUGCAUGAAAAGGUCAUGAGCGCAGUUCUGAAGCUGGUCGAGAAACAACGGAAUGGAGAAACCAUUGAGCAUGGACAGAUCAAACAGGUGGUAGAUUCUUUUGUCUCUCUCGGACUUGAUGAGCAGGAUACAUCUAAGUCCACACUCGACAUCUACAGAUCACACUUUGAGAGACCGUUCCUUGCUGCCACUAAAGCUUUCUACCAAGCAGAGUCUAAGCAAUUCGUGUCCGAGAAUAGCGUUGUGGAAUACAUGAAAAAGGCCGAGGCGCGAUUGGACGAGGAAGAAGAAAGAGUCCGCAUGUAUCUGCACAACGAUAUUGCCUCCACGCUACGUAAAACUUGUAAUGAGGCUCUAAUUGCCGACCAUUCAGCGUUACUGCGAGACGAGUUCCAGGUAUUACUGGACAACAACCGUGAAGAGGAUAUGGCACGAAUGUACAAGCUACUAUCGCGUAUUCCGGAAGGACUAGAUCCGCUGCGCCAGAAGUUCGAGGCUCAUGUCAGAAAUGCUGGUUUGGCGGCUGUUGCGAAAGUUGCCUCUGAUGCCGAGAAACUUGAACCGAAGGUCUACGUCGAAGCUCUGCUCGAAACACAUACACAGUACCAGACACUAGUAAAACGAGCUUUUACCGACGAACCCGAAUUUACUAGGUCACUAGACAACGCUUGUCGAGAGUUUGUCAACAGAAAUGAAAUCUGCAAGGCGGGAUCUAGCCGGUCUCCUGAAUUACUGGCUAAGUACACGGAUGUCUUGUUACGCAAAAGCGGGACAGGUGUGGAAGAAGCUGAACUCGAUGCUACAUUAACACAGAUAAUGACGGUGUUCAAGUACAUCGAAGACAAAGACGUCUUCCAGAAAUUCUAUUCGCGUAUGCUAGCGAGGCGCCUUGUCCACAGCAACUCAUCCUCGGACGAUGCCGAGACCAGUAUGAUCAGCAAAUUGAAGGAAGCCUGUGGCUUCGAGUACACCAACAAACUUCAACGCAUGUUUCAAGAUAUGCAGAUAUCGAAGGACCUCAAUACAGGAUUCCGGGAACAUACUAAAGGUCUACAGCUGGACAAACCCGCCCUUGAUUCAUCGUAUUCAAUUUUAGGAACUAGCUUUUGGCCUUUGACGGCCCCGCAUACAACGUUCAACCCUCCAGCAGAAAUCCAGACGGAUCUCGAUCGCUUCUCCCUUUUCUACAAAAACAAACAUGAGGGACGUAAGCUUACAUGGCUUUGGCAGCUCUGCAAGGGCGAGGUCAAAACCGGAUACUGCAAGAGUUCUAAAACACCCUAUACAUUACAAGUCAGUGUAUACCAGAUGGCAAUCUUGUUGCUAUUCAACGACAAAGAUGUCCAAACUUACGAAGACAUCUUGUCUGCGACGCAAUUGACCCCUGAAGUACAUGAUGCCGCCAUGGGAAUUUUACUAAAAGCAAAAAUACUCCUCAUGAAACCAGAUGGCGACAAACCUGGCCCUGGGAAAACAUUUCAUCUAAAUUAUGACUUCAAGAGCAAGAAGAUCCGUGUCAAUCUCAAUAUAAGUACCAAGACCGAGUCCAAACAGGAGGAGGUCGAUACGAACAAGACCAUUGAAGAGGACCGUCAACUGGUAUUACAGUCUGCCAUGGUGAGAAUCAUGAAAGCCAGGAAGAAGAUGAAGCAUUCUGUCCUUGUCAGUGAAUGCAUCAGCCAAAUUAGGUCGCGAUUUGUCCCAAAGAUUGGAGACAUAAAGAAGAACAUAGAGAUCCUUCUUGACAAAGAGUACCUCGAGCGUUUGGAUGAUGAUGAACUUGGUUACCUUGCUUAAGAUGGUAGAUUCGACAAUACUCUUAGACCUGGAGUCACGCAUGCAGAAACCAUUUCCGGGCCAUAUCGCUCUUCUCUCCGCAUCAGUCAGAUUGAUGAAUCUAUGGUCGAGGGCCUAAGUAGGUUCAGAAAUCAGAUGGCUGCCCCUUUGCGGCGUCGCCGACUACAACUACGUUACCUCAGUCCCUGUUCCAGUAGUUCACCUUCACUGCUACGUUUACCAUGUAUCACAUAAAUGCUAAUGCAGAGAGAUUGCGGGAAAAUCCGGUCUU